AUGUGUGCUAUCAUGACUCUCUGCUGUGGUCUUUGGGAGUCAUUUAUUGGUUAUAAUUUUCGUAUGUAUUUACCAUGGGCAAGUUAUAUAUCGAAUGAUUCACAGAUUGGUGCUGUUGAAAACGGUUUAUUGGUCUUUCUCUCAUAUGUUAUUAUUUUGAGUACCGUUGUGCCAAUUUCACUUUAUAUCAAUGUCGAAAUUAUUCGUCUUAUACAAUCCAAAUGGAUCGAUUGGGAUUUGAAAAUGUACUACGAACCGUACAAUGUUCCGACAGAAGCACGUACUACUACGCUCAAUGAAGAACUUGGACAAAUUGAAUAUGUCUUCUCGGAUAAAACAGGAACACUUACACAGAAACUCAAACCAAUCGAAUUUACCGAACAAGACAAAGAAUUUGUUUGGACAAGUAUGGAUAGACGCGAAGAAAAAGUCAAUGAUGCAUACGAAGAAAUCGAAACAAAUAUGAAACUUCUCGGUGCCACUGGAAUCGAAGAUAAGCUUCAAGAUGGUGUGCCACAGUGUAUCGAACGUCUAAUACAAGCUGGUAUCAAAAUUUGGGUCUUGACUGGUGAUAAAGUUGAAACGGCUUUUAAUAUUGGACUAUCGUGUCGUUUAUUGACGAAUGAGAUGGAAAUUUAUACCAUUGAAGAAGAGAACGAAAACGACGUCAUGCAACGAUUAGAUCAAGUUCGAAAGGAAAUGAUUCAAAAGAUUCAACAACUAUUUAGUGUUAAAAUUGAGGAUCCAACGAAGCGACUCGAUUGGAAAGAUUGGGGUAUUGAUGAGAUGAAAUUCGAUCAAUAUCGCAAAGCAUCAAGUAAUAUCGAGCAGACGAAUCAUAAUCAGCGAGAUGAUGGUUUUACUACUAUGAAUACAUAUUCACAAAAUCAAGAACAAUUCGAAGGUUUCGGACUGCUCAUUACUGGCCAAGCAUUGGUUCAUGCAUUGACCGAUAAAGUAAAAAUGAAAUUUCUCGAAUUGGAUCUUUCUCAAUUACUUGAACAAUUAAAACAAUUUGUUUUUCUUGAUAUUUAUGGAAUAAAUCUUCGAGAAAAAGUUGAAUCAUAUCGUUUUAUGAUUCAAUCUCGUUUUCUGAAUAGUCAAUUUGAUAUUCAAAUAUCAAGAUUUCGUCUGUGCGUUUAA